AUGCGAGGCAAGAAUACGGGCAAGCAGCGCCGAUCCAUCAAGAAGCAACAGACUGUCGCAGAACUCAAGCACCUUUUCGAUGCUCCAGGACGUGGAUCUGUGAUGCCGCGUCAGGUGCUCUGGGGCGACCUGUGUCUGACUGCGUUCCCCCAUGAGCUCAACUCCGAGUCCACGGCCCCCAUGCAUCGGUAUAUACUACUUUCAAUUAUUCGCAUCCCCUUGCCUCUAACACUGGAGUCACAACGUUCUUUGACAUUAGUGAAGCGCUGUUUCCGCCGCAGUUCUGUACUAAGUUCAACAUUAUACAGUCGAUUGGGGUCAACUACAUUCUAA